CGCGCCGAGGCUGCGCAGCGAGCUGCCCGCGCCGCGCCGCGCCCCCCGCUCCGCCCGCCAGCCCCGCUGCGACAUGGCCCGCGCCGCCCGCCGGAGGCCCGCGACCCCGGAGUGCGGCGCGGCCGGCCGCUGAGCGCGGCCCGGAGGCGGGAGGCCCGGCCCGGCCUCGGAGCGAGCGCCCGCGCGGCCCGGCCCCCUCCCCUGCGCGGCUCCCCGCGCUCCGUGCGCCCCGCCGCCGCCGCGGCCCGGGCCGGCCCGAGCAUGGAGACGGCGGAGAAGGAGUGCGGCGCCCUGGGCGGGCUCUUCCAGGCCAUCGUCAACGACAUGAAGAGCUCCUACCCCAUCUGGGAGGACUUCAACUCCAAGGCCACAAAGCUGCAUUCCCAGCUGAGGACCACCGUGCUGGCUGCUGUGGCCUUCCUGGAUGCCUUCCAGAAAGUUGCUGACAUGGCUACCAACACCCGAGGGGCCACCAGGGACAUCGGCUCGGCGCUCACGCGCAUGUGCAUGCGCCACCGCAGCAUCGAGACCAAGCUGCGGCAGUUCACCAACGCACUGCUGGAGAGCCUCAUCAACCCGCUGCAGGAGCGCAUCGAGGACUGGAAAAAGGCGGCCAACCAGCUGGACAAGGACCACGCAAAAGAGUACAAACGAGCCCGGCAUGAGAUCAAAAAGAAGUCGUCCGACACGCUGAAGCUGCAGAAGAAGGCGCGCAAAGAGCUACUUGGGAAAGGAGACCUGCAGCCCCAGCUGGACAGUGCCCUGCAGGACGUCAACGACAUGUACCUGCUGCUGGAGGAGACGGAGAAGCAGGCCGUGCGCCGGGCACUGAUCGAGGAGCGGGGCCGCUUCUGCACCUUCAUCACCUUCCUGCAGCCUGUGGUGAACGGAGAGCUGACCAUGCUGGGAGAGAUCACCCACCUGCAGGGCAUCAUCGACGACUUGGUGGUGCUGACAGCGGAACCCCACAAACUGCCUCCCGCCAGCGAGCAGGUAAUCAAAGACCUAAAGGGCUCAGACUACAGCUGGUCCUACCAGACCCCACCCUCAUCACCCAGCAGCUCCAGCUCCCGGAAGUCCAGCAUGUGCAGUGCCCCCAGCAGCAGUAGCAGUGCCAAGGGUGGCGGAGCCCCAUGGCCUGGGGGUGCCCAAACAUACUCACCCAGUUCCACCUGUCGCUACCGCAGCCUGGUGCAGCCAGCCACCACCACCACUCGCCUCUCCAGCGUUUCCUCCCAUGACUCUGGCUUCGUCUCCCAGGACGCCACCUACUCCAAGCCCCCCUCGCCUAUGCCUUCAGACAUCACCAGCCAGAAGUCCUCCAGCUCUGCAUCCUCCGAGGCCUCGGAAACCUGUCAGUCCGUUAGCGAGUGCAGCUCCCCCACCUCGGACUGGUCCAAGGUCGGCUCCCAUGAGCAGCCCUCAGGCGCCACUUUGCAGCGGAGGAAGGACCGAGUGGAGCUCCUGCGAGACACAGAGCCAGGCCCUGCCAGUGGGAGCACUCUGGGCCCCAGCGGGGAAGAGGCACCACGACCCCGGAUGUCCCCUGCCACCAUCGCAGCCAAGCACGGCGAGGAGGUGUCCCCCGCAGCCAGUGACCUAGCCAUGGUGCUGACGCGCGGCCUGAGCCUGGAGCACCAGAAGAGCAGCCGGGACUCGCUGCAGUACUCCAGCGGCUACAGCACACAGACCACCACGCCCUCCUGCUCUGAGGACACCAUCCCCUCCCAAGGCUCUGACUACGACUGCUACUCCGUGAAUGGGGAUGCGGACAGCGAGGGCCCGCCCGAGUUUGACAAGUCAUCCACCAUCCCGCGCAAUAGCAACAUCGCUCAGAACUACCGCCGCCUGAUCCAGACCAAGCGCCCGGCCUCCACUGCUGGGCUGCCCUCCGCGGGGCUGCCCAUGGCCACUGGCCUGCCCUCAGGCGCACCCCCCGGCGUGGCCACCAUCCGCCGCACACCCUCCACCAAGCCCACCGUGCGCCGCGCCCUGUCCAGUGCUGGCCCCAUCCCCAUCCGGCCGCCUAUCGUCCCUGUGAAGACGCCCACGGUGCCUGACUCACCCGGCUACAUGGGCCCCACACGGGCGGGCAGCGAGGAAUGCGUCUUCUACACUGACGAGACCGCCUCACCCCUGGCACCGGACCUCGCCAAGGCCUCCCCAAAGAGGCUCAGCCUGCCCAACACAGCCUGGGGCAGCCCAUCCCCAGAGGCAGCCGGGUACCCCGGGGCAGGGGCUGAGGACGAGCAGCAGCAGCUGGCGGCCAACCGGCACAGCCUGGUAGAGAAGCUGGGGGAGCUGGUGGCGGGUGCCCACGCACUGGGCGAGGGCCAGUUCCCCUUCCCCACUGCUCUGUCAGCCACCCCCACGGAGGAGACGCCCACCCCGCCCCCAGCUGCCACCAGCGACCCCCCGGCCGAAGACAUGCUGGUGGCCAUCCGGCGUGGGGUCCGGCUCCGCAGGACCAUCACCAACGACAGGUCGGCGCCCCGCAUCUUAUGAUGGCGUCACCCUCCCCAUCCUCUCAGGCCCCAGUGUGAGCAGGUGGCCUGGUCUGUGAGCUGCAGGCACUCAGAGCAAAGGCCCAGCCAGGAGAGGGGACAGAGCCAGGGCAGAGGCCAUGCCACUUUAUGGAAAGAGACACCUCACUUGGAUUCCAGCAUUUAAACGGGAAGUGACUUCUUAGCAAGCCUGGCCAGGACGGAGCUUGCAGGCCUGGGCCUGGUUCGGGGUCUGUUUUAUGCUCUUCUGUCCCUCCUCUUUCUCCUCUCAGGCCCUGCCUCUUCCAUACCCAUGAGCACCAGAGCCAGGGCCCCCGCCCAUGACAGAGGGGCCGGGCUGGCCUCCCUUUCACCAUCCCGGCCUCUCCCAGGGCUGGUCCUGCCUCAGCUCCUCCUGGAAUGCUGGCCCCCCUCUCCCCUGCCUGAGCCCCCUCCUCCCCUCUUGCCUUCUCUCUGCCUCUCCCAGUCCCCUCUCCCUCCAGGAGGCGGGGCGGCUGUGGAGGGGCCAGGUACGCGCUGGGCUGGAUGUCUGCUGGGGGCCGGGGGCCAGGGCGGCAGGUUGGAGUUGGGCGGCCAGGCCCCCCGUGUGGGAAGGGAGUUCCAGGGCCCACGCCAAGUCUCAGGGAGGAAACCAGGGGCUGCUUGGGGGGUCUCAGGGGCCCUGUUUUGGCUCCCACUCCUCGCCUCCCCCACCCCGUGAGGCUGGCUGGAGGGGGCCAGGGCAGCUUCUUGGAAACUAGGGCAGCAGGGUUAGGAGGCCAGUGGCCCUGGGGUCACCGGCCAGCCACACAGGCACCGUUUUCAGAUGUCCACUUCUCAUUGGGUACAUCAAUCUUUUAACUUUGGGGGCAGUUUCAGCCACCUUUGGAGGGGGGGACUGGAGCAGUAGGAGGUGUGGGGUCAUUUUAUGAAUAUAAUAAAAUGGAGCUGAUUGUGGACGAGGACUGUGUGUGGGGGUGAGGGGACGAUACAGGGUGUUUGGGAGUGCCUGGGGGACGGCCCCCCCAGUGGCCUGGUGGUCCUAUGGCAGGAGGAGAAGGGAGGGACUUGGCUCCCCCAGAGCCCAGGGGAAGCCACUGUUCUCUGGCGUCUUGAGUGUAGCCAAAAUAGGGUUGGGAGGCUCCCGGCCUGUCUGCUAUGGUCUGAGCCGGCUACAAGCCCAGGUGGGGGAGCGAGUCUGGGAAGAUUGGCUUUGACUCUCUGUUGCCAGAGGAGAUGCCAUCCCAGGACGGCCCCCACUGUAGUCCAGGCUUACACUGGCAGCGGGGCCGGGGGAGGGGCAAGGCUGCCCCCACCCCACGCACCAAGUCACGCCGAGUCUCAGCAGGUAAAAGCACGUGAGCCUAGGGCAAGCGGAGGGAGUCCUGGUGGCCCCGCAGGUCAGGAGGGAAAGCAGGGCACAGAGGGCAUCGUGGCCCCAGGGCAGGGUCCUACCUGGGGGUCAGGAGCGCCUUGGUCUUGGUAGAAUGGAGCUGGGUCUGAGCCUCCCAGGCUUGAGCUCCUGGGAGUUCUUGUGCGGUGAGCUGGGCAGCUCCUGGGUAGGUCCGGGCACCAAGCAGGCCCUGAUGUGGACGGAGUCCCAUCGGGGGAGCUGAUGAAGAAUGGUCCUGUAAGUAAGUCACUAGGUCCAACAACUGCCUGGCCGAGCACUCAGCCUGCGGAGCUCAGGCCAACACCAGAGCCCCGGUUUUAGGGGCCAGGAGAGCAGGUGACCAAUUUGGGGUCUUGGGUGGAAUUUCUGCCACACAUUCUCCCCAGGGCUGCAGGGGUCUGCCGAGGCAGGGCAGUGGAGCAGGAUUCAGGAUGUGGUGGGAAUAGUGUGAGGGGCAGUGGGUAGGCAGGCCUGGGUGUCAGAGGUCCUGAUGGGAAAGGAGGCAGGGGCUUCCCAGAGAGGGGGGCUCAUGUGGCACAGCCCCCACUAACUCUGCCGUCCCCCUCCCCUGUGAGCCCCGGGGGCUGUACAUACUCUACUCCAUCCCCUUAUCCAUCCCCACCACCCUUGCAUCGACUUAGCAACCACCUCGUAGGCCCACCCACCUCGGGAUCCGAGCCAACCAUCCCACAUCACAAACCUUGGUUUGGGGGACUUUACGUUUAAUUUCUCAUUUUGUACAGAGAAAUAUUCUUUUCAAAAGCGUCUUUUGACUGAAGUAACUUUCCUGGUGCUGUUGUUAACUCGUUCCUUUUUUUAAUUUAUUCCCCCACCCCAAGCAGCCCUCCUGGUUCCUACUCACCCUUCCCCCCCCCCCACCCCACCCUCCAUCCCAUCUGAACCAUUUUGUUUCUUUUCUGUCAGAUUUUGGAAAAAUUCUCUCCUCCCCGCCCCCUCCACACCAUCCUCCCCUUGAUUUAAAUAGUCACUGCUACAAGUAACAGAUGCACUGUGAAGAUUCCAGUAUUAAUAAAGGUGUACUGUAAUUAACA